AUGUUCAAGAAGCCAUUUACUAUCAAGUCUCAGACACUUUUACGGUCAUCCGAUAUCAGGAAGUUACGAUCCAGAGUUGUAGAACAGUUCAGUCCAUAUGCAACAUGUAAUACUACAGACAUUGCUUCUGUUCUAUUUGGAACAGACAAAUCCACUCCAAUCACUGCUGUUAGAAUCGUAACUCAUGCUGGUAGAACAGUGACGCUGUAUGUAGUCAACAGCAUACCAAUACUGUUUGUUGAUACAGUAGACAGUCUAAACAGCAACCGUUUAGAUGAAGUCCUGUUUCCAACUGUAUAUGCUCUAUGGAGAGGUGUACAGAUUGGCUGUUUCUUUACUCCAAAGCCUGUUCUGGAUCGUCUGUUUAAUGGUGCAGAUUUGAUGAUGCCUGGAGUUAUUUCUCAUUCAGGUGAUAAUCAUCCAUUUCAUGUAGGAACAGUCAUGGGUGUAUGUGGCCAUGGGUCAUUAACUCCAUUAGUUGUUGGAACCGCAUUGAUUUCAAGUCACGAUCUGGACGAUGCAUUCCAGAAAGAGAGUGUACGAGGAAAAGCGCUGCAUACUUGCCAUACUUAUGGUGAUGAACUCUGGGCAUAUGGAGGAAGUCUAGAUCCACCUGUAGAAUUGAAUCUUUCUAUGUCGGAUCAGGUCAAAAAAGUUCAAAGUUUAGAUUCACUUUCAGAGCAAUCACUAUCCAUCAUCUCCAACACGGAUGCAAUCGAUACUGUCCAACAGCUCACUUUGGAUAAAUUAGACGGAUGGACACUUUUGAGUGGAGAUAGCGAGUCAGAUCUAUAUAGCUUGGUGGAUUCGGAAUUUUCAACAGAUUUGGUCACCAACACUCAUGUAGCUAAAGAGAAUCUAGAACAGCCCACAUCUGAAAACAACGAAUCUCUCGUUGAACCUGUACAAGUAGCCGAAUGCAUAAAAGGUUGUAUUGCAAUAUGUGAAAAUGAUCGGUUAAUGCAAACUGCGUUUAUGACUGCUGCUAUUCAACAUGCCAAAAAAACCCCACAUCUGUUGCCCAUCUCUGGCAGUACAUUUUACUCCAACUAUGUUCUCCCUAGUCGUGAAUGGGGAACCACUUUGGAUAUCAAAAAAACAUCGUUUAAAAAGUUGUCCAAGUAUUACAAGACGAUUGAAAAGGAAGGGAUGAUCAAAACUAAAGAGCAAGCAGGAGAGAUUCGCAUUACAUUCAUCAACUUUUCUCAUUCAUUAUUUGAAGGAUUUGAAGUGCCUUGUAAGUUGGCGGGAAAUGGAAGGUGCACAAAUGAGACUUCCCAGCUAAAAAAGAGCGAGUCUGAAACAAGUACAGUAUCCCACAGUAGCAAACAAGCAGGUGGUAAACUUAGUUUUACCAAUCUAUACAUGCCACCUAAAGGCAGUAGUAUUAUUGAUUUGUUUCAAGAGGUGAACAAAAUUCACCCACUGCCCAAGUACAUGACAGCACAUGAUAUUCGUCAGGCAAUUGACGCCUAUGCGGUAGAAAAUAACCUUGUUGAUGUAAAUGAUAAGCGAUACAUCAAAUUUGAUAUUUUACUAUAUGAUGCGGUUCGAACCAAGAAUGAAGAUGCAGCUAUUGCCAAUGAUCGUAUCCGGAGAGAUAUCAUACAGGAGCGUAUUAUUUCCAAACUAAACAAAUUCUAUCAACUCAAAAUUGGUGAUGUACUUCAACCUGUCAAAAAAGGAGUAUUUCCAAUGAUUCAAAUUUCAAUUGAAAAACGCAGUAAAUCUAAAUCAUUAACUUGCGUUUUGAACCUUCAGCAUUACACUGAUAAAUUGCAAGACAUUGCUCACGAGUUACGAUUAAAGUGUUCUGCAAGUGUAUCAGUAAAUGGAACACCAAUUGCGCCAGAGAUGAUUGUACAGGGAUCCAAAGCGUACGAGGUAUGCCAGACGUUGCAUGAAAUGCUGGGAAUUCCUAUUCCACCGGGUCUUGUUGCAGUGCGAUCAGGCAUGAAACCCAAACCAUGCGAGAACAAAUUUAUUAAAAUAACUUGA